AGCGACACAAAAACAUAUAUUUUAUCUAUUUUAAGACAAGUUCCUUAUUUGCUUUGCAUAAAAUACCGCACAUCACAAAACAGCUGUUUAUGGUAUUUUUGUGUGGCCCAGGUGGUGGGUAUUUUCCGGCAUGUAAUUUUUUAUGUCAUCAGGCGGCAGUCCAAUAAGCGCGGAAAUAACUAACCCCGUGAUAAAAAGAAACACCGGUGUUAUCAAUUAAAAGCAGGUUUUAAGAGCCACCAACCGCUUUUCCUGCCGCUUAAUUUGCUCAUUUAACUAACCUAUUAACCGGCCAGGAUGUCCACCCGUCGCCAGGCAAUCGUUCUCUAUAGGAAUCUGCUCCGCGAGUCGGAGAAGCUGCCCUCCUACAACUUUAGAAUGUAUGCUGCUAGAAAGAUACGGGACACAUUCCGCGCCAACAAGACCAUUCGGGAUUUCGAAGAGAUCGAUCGGCAAAUGGCCACGGGAAAGCAGAAUCUGGAGCUGAUACGUCGCCAGGUCAUCAUCGGGCACUUGUAUACUACCGAAAAGCUGGUCAUCGAGAACAAGAAAACCCUGAAGCCCUCAGACGAUUGAGAAAGCUGGGAAGGUAAUCCCAACUGGAGAAGAGUACAAUGAUGGCCAGAUAGGAGGCGGCGCAGUUGCAAAGGAGGAG